AUGGCGAGAAAGAGUAAGGGACGACAAAAGGUUGAGAUGGUGAAGAUGAAUAAUGAAAGCAAUCUCCAAGUAACUUUCUCCAAACGUCGAGCCGGACUUUUCAAGAAGGCGAGUGAAUUGAGCACUCUAUGUGGGGCUGAGAUUGCUAUUAUCGUCUUCUCACCCGGUCAGAAGGUCUUCUCUUUUGGCCAUCCUUGUGUCCAUACUGUGUUGGAACGUUUUGUUUGUGGUAAUCCACCACAAGCUGCUUCUGGAACCAUGAAACUCAUUGAGGCUCAUCGGAACACUAGUGUCCGUGAGCUAAACACGCAGCUCACUCAGGUUCUGAACCAACUCGAAAUCGAAAAGAAGCGAGGCGAGGAGCUUAACCAUAUGAAAAAGGCAAAUGAGAAUCAAUGUUGGUGGAUGGCUCGCAAGAACGAUAUGAGCUUGACACAACUUCAACAACUGAAGGCCUCUCUCGAUGAACUAAAGAAGAAUGUUGCUAAGCAAGCUGAGAAGAUUGUGAUUCAUACCCAAAAUAAUCAUCAUCCUCAUCCUCAUCCUCAUCAUCAUCAUCCUAACCAUCCUUUUUUUCUGGGAAGUUCUUCCGGUGGAGUAGGUCUUCCUUUUGAGACAAAGCCUGCUGGAUUCAGUUCUAGCAUUGUUCCAUUCAACAAUCCGAACAUGAUACCUCCACAGUAUCAUGGAUUUGGCCAAGGAUUCUUCUAA